CGGUUUCCUACUACUUCCGUUUACGUAUUUGCCCGAGCUUAAAUACGGUGCUACUGACAGCUGUCACCUUCUCUUUUCCCUACCUCGAACUAACCCAAAAGUACAAACGACCUUUGAACACUAAAUCGCUUAAAAUGUGCAUUAAAUAACAGAACGAAGGAGUUGCCGCGACGGCAAGAGGGGCGGGCGCCGCGUCCCUUGUGUACCAGAAGGAGACGCCUGCAAGCAUUGUGGCCUUAAAGACAUGCCAUUAAACGCUUGCAAUAAUUGUAGUGUGUCGGGACGUGUGCGUGUCCGCUAUGUUGACGUUACAUUGCUGGUGUACCCUUUGCAACUUUUGCACAGUUUUUCCCCCCCCUGCGGCCUACAAGCUCCCAUCGCCAACUUAACAGCCGAGCACCUCCUUGCACCAUUUCCGCGUUGAAUAGCGACUCGUCGAAUAAACACACCAAAGCAAAUACCGAUGUUGUCUUUAAAGUCAUCAGGCAAUAAUGGCGGCGUUUAGGCGCGUAUGUUGCAGAAUAGCCGGCUUAAUAAGUGGAGUGGGGUGCGCGACGUGUCUGAAUAGACGACACACACACAAAAAACACAACUUACCGAGUGCCACUUCGCAGGCUUUGCGCAGUUGGGAGUGGUGGGCUUUUUUCACCUCCUUGUCCGCCAAAAUCUUCUCCAAAGCUCUGGCCGGAGGGAGAGGAGAGGGCUCCAAAAAUGAUGUAGUUUCCCCCUCGGCGAUGUCAGGCCACACCAAGAAAAAAACAAACGCACAAAAAGGUGGGCUCAAUCCCGUCCGACGGACAUCAACGACCUGCCUCCUGCGCCAUGUUGGAGAGGAAGCGACGUCACGCACGUCGGCGAGCGGCCGCAGUGAGGCAGCAGGGAGAUGCUGCUGCUGCUGCUGCUGCUCGGAGAGAACCACAGUUCUACCAGUGCUGGCAGCAUUUGUGCAUCCCCAGACCAUACCACUGCCAACACCAGGCAAGCAACAAUCAUCUCGCUAUUGAUACAAUAAUGUUUGUGUGUCAAGCUGCACACUGACUACUCUGAAGUAUAUCCAAUUUUGCUUUCUAUAUACAACCAAGCAAUUGGAUUCAUUGUGAGCGUGUAGUCACGAGGUUUGCACGUGUCACAGCGGUGUCACAAACACCCGAAUGACUUUUUUUAUUUAUACAUCGCUCCUUUGUGACUCUUGGCGCCUUUAUGACUGGACGGUUUUGAUCCUUCUGGCGUCUCCCUCUCCUUUACUGACUUUUCUACAAUAAAGUCACAAUUCCCAAUAAAGCUAAAGUAUGGUCACUAAUUAGCAAACACCAGUAUGGAUAACAAGGAGGAAAGGAUCUCUGAAAACACAGACAGGAGGGAGUUUUCCAACGCGGCCAAAGCAGACUAUCCAAGGAGGCCACAUCAGCAAUGGCAUCAGGGCAAGACUACAGAGGGUGGCCACCACAGACCGGGUGGCCUCAAGCGGGCCCUCUACUACAGCGAGAACACCAACAGGGAGCUGGCGGCCCAAAACGUGGCCUUGAGGGAGCAGAUGGACAGCGACCGCAGACGACAUCACGAGGACAGGCAGAAGCUUCACAAGGCUCUGGACGAAGCUCGGACCGGACGCACCACGCCGGAGAUGGAACAAAAGCUGCGGGAAAAGGAAAACGAGAUGAGCACCCUGAAGAACGCGCUGGCUGUGGCUCAGGCGGAAGCGGUGCAGGCCCGGAAGUACUGGAUGGAGGAGCACGAGCUGCUGAAGGCCAGGGAGGACGGCUCUGAGAGCAUGGUGGCGGCGGUGAACGCCGAGUGGCAGCAGUGCUGGCUGCUGCGCGAGCAGGAGACGGCGGCCCAGCUGCAGGCUCAGUGGGAGAACAUGCAGUGGCAGAUCGAGGAGAUGGAGGCCCUUUUCAACUCCAAGCUGGAGAACAUGCAGAGACACAGCAUGGACACCACUGACUACUUCAAGACGGAGAUGGAGCGCCUGCAGUGGCACAUGGGCUGCAGCAUGCAGGAGAAGGACGAGAUCGUGGCAAAGCUGACCAAUGAGAACUGCAUCCUCGUCGCGGAGAACGGCGCCGUGUCCGGCCAGCUUCUCAAACUCGAAGAAGAGACGGCGGAGCUGCAACGACGACUCUACUCUCUGACGGAGGACCUGAAAGGGAAGCAGGACGCCAAGAAGGCUGCUGUUGGCGAGGAGCCGCCCGCAGCUGCAACCUCCACCAAGGAGAGUGACCAGGAGCUCCAAGAGGCUGUGGAGCUGGAGUUAAAUCAGGACGAGGUGAGCAACCUCCAUGUCUCUCUGGAAGCAUCCAGGAAGGAAACAGCCAAUGUCAGGAAGUACUGGAUGGAGGAGUGUGAGCAGCUCAGAAAGACGGCGGCAGAGAACACCAAAAAAACGGUCGCCACCAUCGACGCGGAGUGGCAGCUUUUUAAAAGCGAGUGGGAGCGCAUGCAGACGCACAUGAGGCAGACCUUGCAGGGGAAGGACGACCUGCUUGCCAAACUGCAGCAGGAAAACUCUUUACUGGCGGCACAGAACAUGAAGAUGACAUCACAAAUGCAAAAUUGUCAACUAAAAGACACGGAGGAGCUGCGGAAAGAUGUGUUGGAGGGUCAGUCGAAAGCUGAAGAAGCGCUCCAAACAAGCAUUUUGUAAACAGUCUGCAAAAAUAUUUUGGUUUUUGAAAACUGGUCAAGAAAACUCUUGAGGUCAUACGAACGCAAAAUAUCUCAGUUGGGACCGCCAUCUUGUUUGUCUUGUUAGUCCACUUCAGCUCAGUGAGCGGCGAAAACACUUUUUUUGUUUGUGUGAUGCAAUCACAGAAGUGUGCCAGUGAUGUCACAGAGGACAUGUGUGAUGAUAACCAUUGUCCCAUUGCUGUCCUGAACACUCAGUACAAUAUGACCGAGUCAACGAAAAUUCAGCCUUUCGCUAAUAUAAUCAAAGGAUAAGCAGAGAUUGUGUUUCGAAGAAAAACAUUAUUAUCACUGUUAAAUGUUACUUUAAAUAAGUGCUUCUCAAUUAUUUUUUGUUAUGGCCCCCACUCUCUGCCAGGACUAUACGGUAUUUGUCUAUAAAAAUGUUACAAGUACACCUCUGCCUAACAUUGUAUUCUUAGCAAUAUUAUAGAAAACAAAGAAAUAUAGAAAAAUAAUAAAUGUAUUAACAUUGUUUUUAGUGUGUUACAGAAAAUAUUUAUAGUGCAUCAAUUUGUCGGAUAUUCAAAAAAAUCAACUAAAUAUUUAAACUUGAAACAUUUGAUAUCAUUUGAUGAUGAAAAACAAAAUUAAACUCAAUAAAUGACAAAAAAAUAAAAUUGUUCAGCAAUUAUAAAACACUUUAAUCCCCCAAAAAAUAAUUUCUGCUGGUUUUUGUUUUUAGUUUUUUUUUUUAUCAAAAUGAGAAAUUUGUAUUUAAUGGCUACAAUGAGCUUUUUAACACAACCCCCCGGCAUCGCACUUCCCCCCCCAGGGGGUCCGCCCUACUAUUUGAAAAGAACUGCUUUAAACGUUGCCAAUACAUACAUACUGUAUGUAGAUGGCAUUAUUUCCUCAGGUUCCCCUAAACUUGUGUAAACAUUUUUUGUGAAAUAUGCCUAAAACCAUGGAGUCUUUACCGCCAUCUAGAUUGAUAAUAAUCACCGAUCUGUAAAUUGAACGCACUGCGAUGCAGCAUAGUGUAGCAACUAGAGUGUUUAACUAAUGUGUUUUCAAAAAUGUUUAUGUUUGUAUGACCGUUAAAAAUACAGAAAUGUUAUUGAAAACUUAAGCACACAGUGUACGCAACCCUGGUGGCAACAGUUAACCAUUUCCAUGAUCUGCUGUGGGUUAUGCAACUUUAAAUUGGUACAGAAGCGCAAAAUUCAAACAGCCAUCUUUGUGAUUUUUUCCUCCAUAGAAAGAUACCAAUUGAGGCAAAAAGUGUAAUGACAACCACAUCCAUACAUGGAAUUUACUACAAUGCAGCGAUACCAUAGCAAACACAGCAGGCUAGUAUAACAUGACAAUAUGAAAAUGCUACUUCCAACAUUGCCCAUGCAUACAAAUACAACAUAUGAAAAUGCUACUUCCAACAUUGCCCAUGCAUACAAAUACAAACACUGGCAACCAUAGUUUCACUCUGGAACGGACCACUUCAUUAUUUCCUAUCACAAAAUGUUGAUUGGGGUUGAGCCGAGAGUUUCCACUGUUAAGUCAAGAGUAUGUUACAGGAAAAGUUGCAAUAGGUAAAAAAAAAUUAUUGAGUCAUGUCUUUAAAUUUCUUUAAAAUGGAUGUCUAUUACUCAGUGAAUAAAGGUUUGCAUAAAUAAACUGUUGUGCCUGUG